AUAUAUUAUAAGAUAUUUAAUUGAAAAUGGAUUAUUAAGUGUAAAUUACCCACUCUUAUAGUCUUGACCCACCGUUAAACAAGACUCUACUCUGAAUACCCCUAAUUAGGGAUUGAUUUAAAAACUGACAAUAAUUUUCAGUACUCUUCAAAACAUAUAAUUUAAUGUGAAAUAUGUAAGUUUCACGAAAUUUAAAAAAAACACUCCCUACUACCUCAUAAUUAAAGAGGAUGAUUACAAAACUGGCAAAUAUUUGGAUUCCAAGUUUCCAAAAUUAUUAGAAUAUUCAUUUACUACAUAAUUUAAAUUUCAAAUUUAAGAGGUAUUAAUUUUAUGUAAGCUAAAUACCUAUUCAUUUCAGACCAUACUGGUGGCAAAGCAGCCAAUCACGCCCACACUACCGCUGCUCACUGACUGUUCGUUGAAAAUCAACGACAACAAUGAAAUAUUCUUAUCACGAAUAAUAUCGACCAUAAACAGUUACUGUUAGUAAAUACGGCGAUUCUUCAAAUCCGUGCGUAGAUAAUCGAGUGGUUUAAACGAUUUCCCUGGCGACCUGCUAAUAUUAAUAACAAUAUUAUGUACCAGGUACCUACUUUUUAUUCUCUAUCGUAUAACGCACACCGAUACGAUUUUAUGUUUUUGUUACGUUACACUGUACUGCCGUCUCCGUAAACCGAAUGAUCAGUGUACGUAAUGUAGCAACUGGUUGUAUGCAGAAAUAUUUAUUUGGUCGUCCUUUGAAGAACAAAAAAUGAUUAUGGUUGUAUCGAAAAUCUGCCACUAAACCUGCGACUAUUGACAAUGAAUGAUUUUUUCGUGCGCACUUAUACAAAGACUGCGGCCACUAUGCGCCGUAAGUUUUGCUCUUGGAAGCGCAUCAAAGUGAGUACUUAUCUCGUUUAUUCUGAUAUUUGAUUCACAAAAUUUGUUUAUAAUAUGUUAUGUGCCUUACCUCGACAGAUUAUAUCGUUCUUUGUCCUGUUCGUCUUGAUCAACUUUAUGGUGACUCUGCUGUUCACUGCCAGUCGUCGAAAUGUUAGUAAUGGCACAGCCACGUUGAACGGUCACAAUAAUAAUUAUAAUAGCAGUAGUAAAUGGCUCCAGAACGGCGAUAUUGCAAAGUACAUAUCUAUCGAGGUUUUGUCAAGUAGAGAUCGAGUGAGGAUAUGUGUUGAUGACGCAACGGUAAAUUUAAUAUUAUGAUGUACAUUAUUAUAGCUAAUGUUGAAAUUAUUGAAUAUUGAAUAGGAAUAGUAUUGUAUAAUUCUACUGCUAUCAGUCAUAAUUAGAUAAUUUAUUACUUAUCUAACAUGAAAAUUUAAUCUAUAAAUGUAUGAAGAAACCAUUUUUCUUGCAGGAUCUAAAAUAUUUUAAAUAUUUUUAUUGUAUUAUAAUUAUGAAGAUUAGAACUAAGAAGAACGCAGUUCCACAGUACAAAAAUAAAAUAAAAUAAGCAAAAUAAACUUGCCAUGUUGUAGAAUAGGUUAUAUUCCAUUUCAGUAUCAUAAUAUUAACGUGUAUUGAAUUAGUUGGUAAAUUCUAUUUAUUCUACGGGUAAAUUACCUAUGUUUAUUGAUAGUUUUAUUAGAAUUAAAUAAUAUUUUUAAAACUAAUUAAACUAGUAGUCUAAACUAGUUUCAGCAUUUUCAACAAAUUGUAUUAUAAAUAUUAACUUAAAACACUAAUAAAAUUUAAAAAAAACUGAAUCUAACCUAAUCAAAACAAAAUAUCAAAUAUCUAUAACUCCCUCCCCCCCAACAACGCUGCAAAAAUGAACUGAAUAAGUCACUCUAUAUUCAUUUGUAGCCAUGAAAAAAACAAUGCAAGUACCUAUUACAAUAUUAUUAUUAUUAUUAAGUUGUAACGAAUAUAAUGAUGCUAUGUUAAUUAAAAAUACCUACCUUUAAGUACUAAAAAUAUUUACCUAGAAUAUACAUAAUACAUAAUAUUUCUCUACAAAUUUGAUUUUUAGUUGAUAUUUGAUUGAAAAUUGUUUUAAUUGAAACAGAAACAUGGAAUAGCAUGCUUCACUGUGCUCCCUGGUGGAUUUUAUUUAAGGGACAUAAAUAGUUCAUUUUCAGAUCUAUAUUCAGUCCUAUAUACUGUAGUAUAAUCCUACAUAAUUUGUUGCUAGGUGAUAGAUUAUAGUGGCCUGUCAAACAGUAGAGGUAUGCAUGUCGUUGUUCUAAAUCAACGAACUGGUAUGGUGAUGGCUCAGCGAGUAUUUGACACAUACAUGGAGGAUGAAUCACUGAUAGGAUUUUUACAUCGCGUAUCUACUGGUCGUAUAAUGAUAUUUGCCAUAAAAGUUAGUACUUAUUUAUUACUUAAUAAAUAUCAUUUCUUAGUAAUUAAAUAAGUUUAAUUGAGUGUUCUUUUAUUCAUAUUUAUGUAACAACAAUAAGAUAUUUCAAGUUCUUGCAAGUUGCAAUGUAAUUUUAUUAUUUCAACAAAAAUUAUAUAUGUGAAAAUAAAACAUUCAUAGCAGAAGUUAUUUUAAUAAAAUAUUAUUAAUAGUUUUAUCUUAUUACUUAUAAUUUAUGUAUUAAUUUUAUUAUUUCUAAAAUUAUACAAUAGGACGAAGCAUCAUUCCACUUGACUAAUAAAGGCAGACAUGCAUUGCAAAUGCAUACUGGUGGUAGUAGUACCAAUUCAAAUAGAGGAGGAUCUGGAUCUACUGCGGGUGGCUCAUUGUGGCUGUCUGAACUUGGUUGGCGUGACAUGUGGGCCAUGGUUGCCAAACACCAGAAUGACAAUCCAGAGGCAGACAGAGGUAGCAUCAGUAGAGUUGGGGGUCAUGUAUAUGGCGAAAGCUAUAGUCAUAAUUCUGGCCUUGUCCCACAGUAUAAUAUUAAGAACGCAGCUUCUCUAUCCUCAUGGGGUACUGAUGUCAUGUUGCGUGUUCAAGUACCACUUGAUGUAAAUCAUAGUCAAAACAAUCAGAGUGAGUAAAACAUUCUAUUAUGUUACUAUCCUAUAAAUUACAUUUUGUAUGAUAAAUAUAACUGAUAUUAUUAUAAGUUUAUAAUAUUGUUUAGAUGAUGAGUGGUGUGAUUCGUGGAUAACAGCUGCUUCUGAAGACAGUAAAGACGAUGGCGAUUUGGCAGACAGUGAUUCCAUAAUUGACGAUGAUAUAGCUAUUGAAUCACAACUAGCGCGAAGAAGACGGUUUUGCAGUCGCAUUGAGGGCUAUGGUGAUGUUUGCAGCUGUGUGCAACCAGUCCCUUUAGAUUUCCAUCCUUUACCAGUAAGAAUAUAAUGUUAUCAAAAUUUCUUUAAGCAAUUAAGCAUAACUAAUACAUAAUUGGAAAUUUCUAUCAAUACCAGUUUUUAUGGUAUACCAAAUUUUGUAUUUUAAAUUCUGAGUGAAGUGAAAAAGCUUAUGGUUUUACAAAAAUAUUUAUAUUUUUUUUUUCUGUAGACAACUUUUCUACCCGAAAACUUGCUUUGAAAGGAAAUAAGUGUAGAGAGGUACUUUAAAAAGAUAGUUUUCUCAGAAAAUUUUAAAACGAGGGAAACUUAGGAAAACAGGAGAAAUCAUUAAAACAUUAAACAAACAUUAUUAAAGAAAAUGUAUAGAGCCUAUUUAAUUAUUUUUCUAUAAUAUGGCAUAUAUAUUGUUGACAAAUUAUCACUAUCAAUUGAAUUCUGCUCAGAAUUGUUUUUUCAUUAGCAAUGGUUUAUUGUUUUUUACAGAUAUAUAUUAAAUUCUCGCCUGUAUCCCACCUUCCCAAUUCCUUACCUACACCAGUAAACCAUUAUCUCAUAUUUCUUUUUAGUAGAUAAAACUGCUCCAUUGUUUAUUUAUUUUCUUAAUAUUUUUUCUCUGUUCAUAGAUCUACAGUUCUUCAAUAGAUACUUCUCUCAUAUCUUCCUCUACUUAACAAUUUGACCAUAUUCUCUACUUAAAAAUUUGACCAUAUUCUCCCCUCACAUUGAAGUAUUUCAUUUAAAAAAUUAUCCGAUGACCUGUGUUCACUAAUUAAAUCCAAGUUUGGUCCUAAUAGAAUUUGUAGUUAAUUUCUUUCAAACUUAUCCAAUUUUUUAAAGGAAAGAAUAGUUCCAUUUAUUUGGAAAAUCAGCACUAUUAUCCUAAUUUUUAAAAAAGGUGGUAUAUCUAAUAUUACAAAUUACAGUCCAAUAUCAGGGCUAGUUGUAAACUGUUGAAAAAUUGUCUUUUAGUCAUAUAAUUAGACCAAUAAAUUAAUAAUAUUUUUAUUAUUAAUAGCCAACAGGUUUUAGGCCAGGUAGAUCUACCCAAUCUUGUAAUUUGUCUUUACAGCAUUUCAUACUUGAUUCUUUCAAAAAUAAUUGCCAAGUUGAUGUUAUUUACCUUAGAUCAUAUAUUAUGGAUGUAGCCACAGUAUAUUAUUUUAUUGCUAAUAUAAUUACAAAUUAUAAAAAUUUGUAGGGGCUAACAUCCUCAACAUUUUAUUGCUUUAAUAUGCUGUGGCACCAUCCAUAACAUAAUAUGAUCUAAGUUAUUUACGCAAAUUUGAGAAGGCCUUUGAUUGGGUAAAUCAUAAAUUACUCACUUAUUUUAUUUAUUGGAUGUAUUUAAUCAGUUCUAAAAAAAUGUAAUUUCUUAUUUUUUUGCUGAUAAUUUAAAAAUCUACAAUCCUAUUUCUUAAACUAUUGACUGUUCAACUCUUUAAGAGAAAUUAAUUAUAGAACAUUAAUGCUAUUUGAUGUGUUUUUAUAGAUAUAGAGAGCAUAAACACUUCACAUUUUCUAUAAAUAAUACUGAAACUAAUUGAGUAUUAUCCAUUAAAGACUUAGGUAUAAUUUUGAUCCAUGAUUUAAAUUUUCAAGAACAUAAUAUGGAAUAUACUGUAAAAAAUUUCUAUAAGUAUUAGGUUUUGUUAAGUGUUAUUCGUCCUAAUUUAAAGAUCUGGAAUUAUUUAAACUUUUAUAUUUAUUUAUUUAUUUUUCAAUAUGGAUUUACCAAAUUACAAGUUUUAAUGUAAACAAAAUAUACAUGGCUUAUACAAGAACAUUUAGUCCAAUAGAGUUAAUGGAUCCUUAUUUGCUAUACUCACUAUUCUAUUUAAUGGUUAAUUUUUCAAAUAAUUUGUGAUGCAUAUAGGUAAAGAAAAUAAAUACAUAUGAUGGACAUGAAAGGUCGGAACUAAAAAGUUGAUUUGUUUUUAUAGUUUGGGAGAAUCAAUAACACUAAUAAUAAAGCAUUGUAGAAAAGAUAAAUUUACCUCAAGUCUUCUAUCAGCUAAAGUAUUCUGACUAAGCCAUUACAAAAUUACAGAAAAGUUUUGUGGUGGAUGAUUGAUUUUUAAUUUAUAAGCUGUAAAGUUAAGAAACUUACGUUGGACAGGCUCAAUUUGAUUCAUACUAUAAGAGGUAUCAAGAUCCCACACAAUGGCUCUAUAUUCUAAAAUUUACCUGACGAAGACACAAUAUAAAGACUUAAUUGGGAGUCACUAAUUUAAAUUCAUUACAAAUUAUUUUUUUAAAACCUAAAGUUUUCAAAGCUUUACAACACAUUUUAUCCAAAUGAGCAUGGCAAUUUAACUUAUGAUCAAAUAGAAUACCCAAAUGAGCAAUCUCAAUACCCGCAAAUAACAAUAAAUUAUCAUUAAUGGCGUAAGAAUAAUCAAUAUGGUCAUAAGUACCACAGAAAGACAUUGAAUGAAAUUUAGAGAUAUGAUAUUGAGUUCCAAACCACAACCAUUGGCCCAUCUCACCAAAGAUUUGAGAUUGUCUUGGAAAAACAAGCAGUCAUUUGUUGAAUUAAUUUUAAAAAAUAACUUUAAAUCAUCAACAAAAAAAAGGAAGCAACAUUUAAUGAUUGAAUGACAAUCAAAAUAUGACUGUAUCAGAUGCUGGGAUUAUUUUAAUUGGGAGGUAAUCAAUAGCCAAUGCAAGGUGAUACCAAUCUUCAAGGACUACUGAAUCAUGUACCUUGCUAAACUUAAACUGAUUAAUAUUUACAGAUACAAGGUCUAACAAUGAAGAAAAUUUGUUAAGAAUAUUAUUGAUUUGAUAGAAAUUGAGGAACACAAAUGUCUCAAUGUUAAAAAAUCUGUCCACAAUUAACAAAGUAUAAGAGAAAAAAUUAGCAAUGAUAAUGAACACAUGUUUGUAUAGUUUUUUUGCAUUCGCAUAUUUUGCAUAUAAAAUGUAAUAUUACAAUAAACUAUAAUAUUGAUUAUAAUAUUUAAAAUAAUUUGUUUAAAACUAAAUAUUUAAAGUUGAAUUAUUAUUUUUAAAUAUUUUGUUUUACCUAAUAUAUAUGUAUAAAAAAUAGUUGAUACUGAAGAUGAGUGCAGGCACUUGUUGUAGGUAGAUAGUUAGAAAGAUGGGAUUCAUAAAGUUAUUCAAUUUAUACUUAUAACCAAAUGAUAAACCAUUGCUAACUAAAAUGUAUGUUUUUGAAAGGCCAUAAUAUUUAAGAUUUACAUCAAAAUUUUAUUUUAAAACUUUUAUAAAAAAAAAACUUCCUAUCAAAUUUUUGAGCAUUUCUGUUUCAAGUCUAACAAUUUAUCUAUAAUUGUUUAUUAAAAUUAUUAAAAAACUUCUAAAAUAAAGAUAUUUAUAAAUUGCUCAAAAAUAGCUCAAAAUGUUCAGAGUUUUACCACAUUUAAAAAAAGUAAAUAUAAGUUUUCUAUCAACAGUACGAAUAUUUUAAACUAAAUUACAAUAAGAAAAUAAGAUCAAUUUUCCUGUUUUUCUAUGUAUUUUUUAGUUUUAACCACAUUAAAAAUACAACAAAAAAGAUCUAUCAUCAUUUAUCUAUUUUAAAAAUCCAUUAGAAAAUCAAAAAAUGACCUCCCCAAUGCAACAUCCAGAAAAAAGUACCUUUUAGAAUAGGUGUUGUAGUGUAUUCUAGUAAAAAAGUUGUUUACAAACACAAAAAACAAAUUUUUCAUUACGAAAACACAUGUUGAAGAUGUAAAAAAAAAUAUGUAUUAAAAUUAAUAGAGUAAAUGAAAUAUUAGUAAUAUUUUGACCAGUAAUAUCUUAUGGUGAAUAAUUAUAAAUAAAAUUCAAUUGAAUGUUUUAAAAAUAUUUGAAUGUAAUAAAUUGAAUUGUUUGUUUUCCUACAGAUUCCCGAUUCAAAUAUUGAACAGGUUCCAGUGGUUAUAAUUGCGGGCAAUCGAGCUGACUAUCUUUAUAGGUAAAUAUUUUCACCAAAUACAUAGAUGGAUUAUGUUAUACAGGGUGAUUUUUGUUUGUUUUAAUCAUUGUGGAAUCCAUAAAGUUUUAUUUUAAAAUCAUUUUUAAUUUUUUAAGGUUAAACACAAAAAUAUAUAUUUAUUUGAGGUAUAUAUAAAAAUUAAAAAUAAUUUCAAAACAAAGUUUAAACAAUUACACAAUGAUUAAAAAAAAAGCAAAUCAAAUCACAAAAUCCUAGGAGAAAAUUGCUGAUUCAUGAUACAAAAAUCACUUUAGACCAUAGUUGUUGUUAACAUGUUAUAAUUAUAGGACAUUGAAAUCUGUGCUAAAUGCUCGAGGUGUUCAACGCCAUAUGGUUACUGUUCACGUUGAUGGUUAUUAUGAUGAACCAGUUGAAGUGGCUCGGCUGCUGGGUGUUCGAGCUGUACAACACAUGCCUGCUGUUGGCGAUUUAGUUAAUGAUGAUGGAAUAGAUGGAGGACAUAUAAGUGGUGGCAGUAGUAGUGCUUUGCGCAGACGUCGAGUAACUCAGCAUUACAAAUCAGCAUUAACCAACACAUUUAGUGUGCUUUUUCCUCAAGCUGAGUAUGCCAUUGUUCUGGAAGACGAUCUUGAGGUUUCUGUUGACUUCUUUAGGUAUAGUUAUCUUUAUUAGAAAUAAUCUGUUCUUUAUUACAUUGUAAUUUACUACAGUAUAAAAUAAACUUUAACUAUAUAUAUAUUUUGAAUUAAUACAAAAAAGAUUUAAAAUAAAUUUAUUAUGGUUCUAGCUUCUUCAGUCAGACUCUGCCCUUGUUAACAGCAGCUGAUGAGUCUAUAGAUGGUGGUGGUGGUGGUGGUGGUGGUGGUGGUGGUGGAAGUGGCAGUGGAUCUGGAUCAUUGUACUGUGUAUCUGCAUGGAAUGAUCAAGGUUACGAGCACACUGCUAGUCGACCAGAUGUCCUGUAUCGUGUUGACUGGAUGCCUGGAUUAGGUUGGAUGCUCACCCGUUCUCUGUACAAAGAUCAACUGGAAUCAGAAUGGCCAACAGUAGAAAAAGUCAGUGAACCUAUAUUUAUCUUGUAAGAGUGGUUUUUUGACCUUCAAUUAUUUUUGAAUCUUUGUGAUUAAUAGCCUUGGGAUUGGGACAUGUGGAUGCGAACAAACAAAGUGCAACGUGGUCGGCAGUGUGUGGUACCAGAAGUUAGCAGAACAUAUCAUUUCGGUUCUUCACGAGCUGUUAAUGUCAAUCCAUAUUUUCAACAUUCAUAUUUCGGUCGUCAUGCAUUCUAUAAUUACAAUAAUGCUGCUGUUAAUGAGAUAAAUAUUGGAUCUAAUAGUGGUGGCACUGGUGGAGAAUAUGAUUAUGGAGGAGGUUUGAUUCGUUUCAAAGACAUUGAUAAGUAAGUGUAUUUUUUAGAUUUUAGAGUCCUUAAUAUGAAUAAUGGUAAAAACCCUAAAGUUAGAUACUCAACAUAAAUACAUUAUAGCUUUUUUUGUUUUAAAAAGAAAUAAAACUCCAUCUAGAUAAGUUUAUAUCAUUUUCUAGACACCAUUUUUUAAUUUCAUUAAAUGUCACACUCAUAAAAUAUGAGUCAUUUACUGAUUGAAUAAUACAAGUAAUUAGCAACUUUCUGAAAAAUAAAACAACUAACCAGAGUGUAUAUUAAAGUUUUUAUGAUUGAUGAAAAUAAAAUGAAUAAAAAUGUGAAAACUGUACAGAACUCCAGAAGAAACUGAAUAUGAUAAGAUAAAAACGAGCUGAUAUCCAUACAUGCUAUUAAUAUAGGGGGCUAGUUAAGAAAGUGUAAUACAUAAAGUUAUUUAAUUUACACCUGUUAAUGAUAAACCAUUACUAAUAAAAGUUUUUUUUUUUGAUCACUUAGUACAACUUAUUAUGAACCUUCUGUCAAAUUGUCAAGUAUUUCAGUUUGGUCUAAUAAUUUUAUCCACAGAGUACCUACUGAAUAUAAAUUACAUACAAAACUUGCAAAAUUAAAAUGUCUUUAAAUAACUCAAAAUGGUUUUAAUGUACUGAAAGUUUUACUACACCUAAAAAAGGUAUAUUGAAGUUUUCUGUCAACAUUUUAUGUCUCUACAAAUAUUUCAAACUGAAUUAUAUUUAAAAAACAAAAUCUAUAAUAGUAGUAUUUUUUUUAAACCAAAGUAAUUUUUAUUAGUACUAAUUAUUCAAAAGUUUUCAGUAAAAUUAAAAUCGGACAGACAUUUUUCACAUUAAUCAAACUGUUAGUUUCAGAAAUAGAAGUAUAUAUUAUUAGGUUAUCCAAAAAUCAGAAUAUUUCAAGCUUAAUAAAAUAAAUAGUUAAUGCACAGGGAUAAGAACAUAUGAUUAAUAGAUGGAAAAUAUGUUUACUUACAUUAUUAAAUGGAGAAAAAUGCAAAAUAAUAGGUUAAAAGAAGGACAUACUUCGAUGGGUGGGCCACUGUUAUAAUUGUGAAGUUAGGAAGGUAGUAUAUAGUAGGGGAACUUAAUGUAAUUUUGUAGGUCAUACAUUAGUUUAACAUGUUUUAAAAAGUCAUAAACUCAAAAUAUUUGCGAUUUUGUCAAAAUUUGUUACUAAAAUUCUUAUAAAAAAAACUACAUUAAACUCAACUAUACUCAAUAAUAACUUGUUGACCAUGAAGUACACUUUAUAAUGAACCUGCUAUUAAAUUUUCAAGUAUUUUGGUUUAACAAUUUUUGCUUAGAAUCUAAAAUGUAUAAUGAACAAAAAUAAUUACUAAAAAAAAAGAUAAAAACAAAAUUUAAUUAAUUUCUGAUUAUUAGAGAUAUGAAAUAGGUAAAUUUACUUAGAGUUAAUUGGGUCUUCUCAUUUUGAAUUUAUAAUGUUGAUAUGAAUAUUUAAUGUAAAUUUGUUUUAUUUUUAUGAUCUUCAACAAAUUGUUAAUUUUAAAUUUAAGAAACCUCCAGUUUUAAAACAUAUAAUCAAAAAUCAUUAAUAAUGUCAAACAAUAACAAUGUUUUAUACAUGAAUAUAAUAUAUUCAUUGAAUAUAUUACAACCUACUCAUAGGAUGACUCAAGCAACAUACCUCAAGUGGAUGGAGCAUAGAAUUGUAACAGAGGGUCAACUUUUAGAUCAUAGUAAAUGGCCUUGUCGAAAGAAACAAUUGAGCGCCAAAAUCAGAAGCAGCAAGAGUAGUGACAAUAGUGGGUAUGUUGGUGAUAAAGUCUACCAGCAAGCUGAGGAAGAAUUUUAUACAAUUGAAGAAAUGAUGAAUAAUGAUCAUACAAUUAAAUCUAAGAAAUUAUUCAUAUUAUACAUUAAAAUGGAAGACCCAAUCAAUGGUUAUAAAGAUGCUGCAUCUACUGCUUGGACUCCCUUAGCAAAGGUAUCUAAAGUAAUCCAGUUUACUCUUACUACUGACUACUUAUUAAUUGUUUUUAUUCUAAAAUCCUAAGUAUAUUAUAAUGAAAACCAUCUAUAUUGUAUAGUGUCUAGGCAUAUGGGAUCUAGAUAUUCGUGGUCAUUACAAAGGCAUGUGGCGGUUAUACCUUAGACAAGAAGACAGUAACAAUCAAGCUGAAAGUAGUAAUGCUGAUGAAGAAGGAGUAACAGUAUAUGGUAAAACAGGCACAGAAUUGUUUAUCAUAGGGUGUCCAUUCUCUUACUUCUGGUAUGUGUAUAUAAAAAUUAUUCUAAUAUUACUGUUGCAUAAAACUGUAAAAAUUAUCAUUAUAAAUGAUGAAUUAUGAAUGAUUAAUUUUUGUUUUGUCUAAAAUAGCAAAUUCAAACCCAGUAAUGUGACAGUUGUUUGGUAUAGUAUCAAUGGUAUAGGUGAAGAUGACGAUGGUGAAGAUGAUGUACUGUAAAUUUAUACUAUAUCAUUAUUGAGGGGAAGAAGACUAUUUAAUGUAAUAUUUUGUAUAAGGUUAGGUAGGUAACCUUUCAGUUCCCUGCUGUAUAAUUUAUACAAUUUGUAACUUAUCAGAUAUUCUACAUACAUAUUUUCAAGCAUAUUAUUCCUGUUUUUAGAUUAAUAUUAUUUAAAAAAAAUUUAACUAAUAUUAAUUUUACAGCAGAGAACUCUCUGUUAAUCAUGUGUCUAUUUACUAUUUGUUUUAGGCAGUUAUCUUAUAAAUUAAUUUUGUUUCAAUUUAACUUAUCGGUUCAUUUUUAAUUUUAUAUUUAGUUAUUUUUUUGAAUUCAGUUAAUUUUGAAUCUAUGUUUUUAAAAUAAUAAUUUAAGUUUUUUUUCAUGUAUUUUAUUUAUUUUUAUAUCUAAUUAUUAUGGCAAUAUUAGACCAAAAAAUCUCACCAGACUAAAAGUAUUAUUAUAUUUGUAAAUGCAUUAUAAAAUAUAAACUGUUGUAAAUAUUACAUCAUACAACUACUAUUAUAAAAUGAAAUUAGCUUAAUUAUAAGACAAUUAUUAUUUAAAAUAUUACCAUUUUGUAUUCCUAAUUUUCCCUUUUUCAAAUUAUUAUACCCACAAAUUAUAUCACAUUGUAUUUAUUUAUUUUUUUUUUUUUUUCAAAUCAAUAACUAUUGUGUUUUAACUAUACAUUAGAGACUGCAUUAAUUUCUGUAACUUAAAUUAAAAAUAAUGUUUGUUUAACAUCACUCCUUGAUAAAUAUUAUACUGUUAUUUAGGUAAUAUAGUUUUAUUAAAUAAUAAAUUUAGAUUUUAAUUUUAAUACAUACAUUGUAAAAUAGAGACUGUCUCCUUACCCUAUUUUUAAAUACAUAUUAUUUUUUUACUUUUAAUAACAUUUAAAUAAAUAUGAUUUGUUUUUAUAAAUGUGCAUUAUUAUCUUG